AUGGCUCCGCAAAAGAUCAUUAUUGAUACCGAUCCAGGCGUCGACGACGUCAUGGCCAUGCUGUUGGCUCUCAGCGCCUCGCCUGACGAGCUCGAGGUUGCCAUGCUGUCUGUGACGUAUGGAAACGUCCCGCUUCAAAGCUGCCUCCGAAACGUAGUUGCCAUGUUUCACGUGCUGGAAAAGGAGCUGCAAUGGAGAAGGUCCACGGGCAGACCGGAAGGAUUUGAAACCAUGAAAAAGUGCAAGCCUAUCGUUGCUGUCGGGCCGGAGCACUCGCUCGAGGAUGAGUGCUUAAUGGCAGAUUACUUCCAUGGCCUCGACGGGCUACACAACGUCCAUGAAGCCCAUCCCCAUCUCAGCCCCUCCGAGACGUGGAAGUCCUUGUUCCAGAGCGGCUCGGAAAGCCCAGUAGACGCCGCUGCCUCCUCGCCAUUCUUUACCCCUUCCAAGGAACCCGCCCACAAGGAGAUUCUGCGGAUCCUCCGAGAGAACCCCGUUGACUCGGUGUCCAUCUGCGCCGUCGGCCCCCUCACCAACGUCGCCAUGGCUGCCGCCGAGGACCCCGAGGCGUUCCUCCGCGUCAAGGAGCUCGUCGUCAUGGGCGGCGCCGUCAACGUCGAGGGCAACAUCACCCCCGUCGCCGAAUUCAACUGCUACGCCGACGCCGUUGCCGCCGCCCGUGUCUACGCCCUGACCUCGUACGAGCCCGCCGCGACCAUGCCCCCGGUUCCGCAGCGUCUUUCCACUCUCCCCCCGUACCCGGCCAAGCUGUCGCGCCAGCUGAAGCUGACCCUUGCCCCCCUGGACAUCACCACUCCUCACCUCAUCCCCAAGGGUUUUUUCGCCGAGCGCAUCCAGCCGCACGUUGACGCCGGCAGCCCCCUCGCAACCUGGGUGUCCCACUUCGUCAUGGGGGCCUUUGGCCAGAUCGAGAAGAUGGAGGGAGACGCCAAGGAACCCGGCCUCUCCAUGCACGACCCCCUCACCGUGUGGUACAUGCUGACCCAUGACGAUGCCAGGUGGAAGUUCCCUGCCAAGCUGGAGGACGUUCGCGUGGAAACCUCUGGCCAGUGGACUCGUGGCAUGCACGUCGUCGACAACCGACCGCUCGUGAAGCCGGCAGAGGUCGCGGCUCUGGCCUCGCUCGAUCCUCGCAACGACCCCAGCGUCGUCGCCGUCGACGGCGUUUCCGGCGACACGUCGGGCUGGCUGAGCGUCCUCAAGGGCAACAGGGUGAACCGUCUCGUCGAAUCACCCGGCCAAGACGACUUCAAGGAUGUCUGGAUGAAGCGCGUUUUCGCGUGA